AUGCCGUCAACAACAUCUACUAGCAAGACCACAACCAAGGUGCCAGCAACUACCAAAAUCACCAGGAAUGAGCGCCAAGAACUUACCGGGUUGGCAAGAAACCUGCGAAGAGCCAAGAGACAGAUGUUCUUGAAGGAAGUAGAAGCACCUCAAACUUCCGUUGAAAGCUUCCGCGAGUUGGUGACAACUUCUGUCAUGUCUGAAGUGAUCGAAGAGUAUCUGAGCUCUGCUUCUAUGGAGUUCACAGAGAAGAAACUCACAGAAUCUCCCAACAAACGUGAUACUUCUCUAAAGAGCGAAGUGCGACAAGUGAAUGAAGGGCCUCGGGCCGCUUGA